CCCUAUUUCCGGUUUGUGAUCCAAACACUUCUGAGCCGAAACAACUGUAGCUAGACUGAUCGAUAGACAACAACCAUCAUGGGUGAAAUGGCAGAACUCACGGAUAAAUUCAGCUCAUUCACAAUGACUCAAUUAAACGAGUUGCUUGAAGACGAUGAAAAACUAAAUGAUAUUGUCAAAGAAAUGGACGAGAUGCGUGAGGUGCAGCAGGUGAAGGAGCUGACCCUGGGCAGUAACAUCAGCCUGGCUGAACAGAACCUCCAGCUGCAGCCAAGACUGGACCUGCAGAAGAACCAGCUCACCUCACGCUACCGCCACCUACAGGAGCUCUACGACAACUACCAGCUACGCAAGUCCACACUCGACCCUGGUUCAGAGAACAGUUCUCUGGACAUUCUGCUGGCUCUGCUGCAAGCUGAGGGAGCCAAGAUAGAGGAAGAGACUGAGAACAUGGCAGACUCGUUCCUGGAUGGAGAGCUGCCUCUCGACUGCUUUAUCGACGACUACCAGCGGAGGCGCCAUCUCGCUCACCUGCGCCGCGUCAAGAUUGACAAACUCAGAGAGCUGGCGCUGAAGGGUCUCACUCGGCCCCCCCAGCCCAGCCGACCCCAGGACUUCCCCUCUACCAAUGGGGCCCCCUCCCCCCAAUCCACGCGAGCUGCCCCUUCUCCCUCCCCUCAGCACAGCAGCCUACCCUAUCCAGUCGCCCCCUAUCCCCCAAUGCCUUUCCCCAGCUGCCCUUACAUGCCCCGGCCCUACCUUCAAACCCCCCAGCAACACCCCAUCUCCCCACACCUGCCCCCCAGGACUGGCUUCAUCAUGCAGUGAGGUGGUGUCCGUCUCCAUAGAAAGGCCAUGGAUGACCUUCCCUACCUUUUGACCUGUGACUGUGGCACACUGGAGGGUUGGUGACCUAACCAAUUACAGCCCCUCUGUCAGUAACACUGAGGGAAACCUCUGACUAGCUUCUCAGAGAGGCUCUCACAGACACUCUGUCCAGUGACUACAGCCUGGACGGUACAUUAGGGGUUGGUUCUCUUUUAGUUGUUUUAUCUUAAGACUAACUUUCUGAUUUAAUCUUCUGAACACAUAGCUAAACCUAACCAUCUGUCUGGUAGAUAUGCUGUGUAUUUCAGCUAUGGUAACUUGCAGUAUAGAUGAGUUUUUCUAAGCUAAAGGUCCCUCUCCUUGACUGAAGGGUGUGUGUGGGUUACAUGCGUGCGCAGAGGUUGGUAUCAUAACAGUUAGCUCAAAAGUUCCUAUGCUUCUAAAAGGUAUCCUGUAUGGUCAAAUAGAGCUGGUCCAUCAACAGUGAACAGAAUUAUACAACAAAUAGUACAUUUAUUUAAAAUCAAAAUGUACUGCAUGGCAGCACAACUAAUUGAUGAGUCUUGCUUUCAUAAUUCAUUGCUGGUUGGGAGGAUGUGAGUUCAGGUGCAAAAAGGUCUUAGACAAGCCUAGGAAUGUACGGUGUUCUUUUGAGAUGGUUUUGUAUACUGGUAUAAGAGUUCUACCAACUGGAAUUGAUGUUGGUCCAGGGUAGGGAGUGUUUGUAUGCCUAAGUAAUGUUUCCCUGAUGGGCUGUGUGCUCACCAGCCAGGCUACAAUCAGUGAUUGAUCCUAUUCAAUUUUAAUAACUUAUUCUAUGCACUACACUCACUAGUGGGGAAGAGAUUACACCUAGAUGUAUCUCUAGUGGGUUCUCCCCAGUUGCACUUACAGAACAGCUCACCUCAAGUAAAGAAAGCAUAUGGGGGUUCAAAUAUGAAAUGUGUAGAAAUAUUAAAAGGCCCCCCCCAGUAUGAUACACCUGUUUAAUACUCCAUUAGGAACUAACUAAUGCUAGACUAGCAGACUGGUUGACGUGCUCACUUUCCAUAAUAAUCAAUAAACUUUUUGUAAUUGA